AUCGCUGAAUGUCCAAGACCGCCGCGGGUGAGCGCCGCGGGUGAGCUGAAGAGAUGCGCAGUCCAUGCGUCAUCCGCGCCGACGUAUCACAACGCCGCCGAUGCAUCACUGCGCCGUCGUUGUCGCGCUGCAGCUUUUCCACUCCCACGCCCUCGACCCUGCAUUUCCUUGAUUCGGCCUGCACCAUGGCGUCCAGGAGCCGCUUCGGCACCGCGCUGCGCUGCAGCGAAAAGUCCCUGACGCGCUGCAGCGAAAAGCCCCUGACGCGCUGCUGGGAAAAGUCCCUGACGCGCUCCAGCGCGCGCAGCCCACGAUGCUUCUCGAGCCAAGCCCGCCGCUGGCCGUCACCGAGCAGGCCGGCACGGACGCCGGGGCUGCAGCAGCCAUGGCGCACUGCGAGGGCGCUCUCGUCGAGUCCCGCGGCUCGCCACGCGCACCUCGACAAGCCGCAGCCAGGCGAGGAACUGCACGUCAGCUUCGUCGACAAGGACGGCCAUGCGCACACGUUCCAGGUCAGCGCGGGCGACAACCUGCUCGACAUUGCCCAGGCCAACGACCUCGAGAUGGAGGGCGCGUGCGGCGGCUCCUGCGCGUGCUCGACCUGCCACGUCAUCGUCGCCGACGAGGCCAAGUACGAGGCCAUGGACGAGCCCGACGACGACGAGAACGAUAUGCUGGAUCUUGCAUUCGGGCUGACGGAGACGUCGCGUCUGGGAUGUCAGGUGAAGAUGAGCAAGGCGCUGGAUGGGCUGGUGGUCAAGCUGCCUAGCAUGACGAGGAAUCUGCAGGCGAGUGACUUCAAGUAGAUGAAGACUGACUGGCAGUCCAUGUAGCAUACGGAACAUGUAAAAUACGCAUAACCUUGUGUGGUAUCACGUCUGGUCACUUGUCACGUCUGGUCACUUCUGAUAUCUUGUCGCUUCUCACGUCUUGUCACCUCUGAUAUCUUAUCACUUCUCACGUCUUGUCACUUGUCAUGUCUUGUCACCUCUCACGUCUU